AUGGAUAUUGAGCUACUCCAAUCGACAUGUGCGGUCACGUUGGCCGUCUGCUCAAGUGUCAGCUUAAUGCUGAUUGGAUGCCAUACUGCGGAUCGUGCGAAUGCUCGUCGUAAGACUGGAAACUCGUCGAGACGUGGAAAGAAAGGAAAGAAAGAUAAGUCUCAAAGAUCGAAGAGAGGAAAGAAGGACGGAAGUAAACGAGAUAAGAAGAAACCACUCGGACAAGCGGCUUCUGCUCCACCUGGAGGGGCUGCUCCUUCGAAACCAUUGGGAUCCAAGGAUCCAGCUGGAGGAUCGCAACGCGAUAAGAAGGCUUCCACUGAACAGUCUCAGAAGCCUUCCAAUGAGAAAGACAAGAGUAGCCGUGGUGGCUCGAAACGUGACAAGAAAGAGAAGAAGGAGGGAUCGAAGCGUGAGAAGAAGAAGGAGACCGAGAAGAAACCGGACGCUCCGAGUCCAUCUCCAUCUCCAGCAGCUAAAGAGGAUGAUGAUAUGCAUACUGCAAGAGAACAACUCUCUCCAAAAACUGCUCCAGCGACUACUACUCCAACAACUCCAACUACUCCGGUUGAAACCCAGGCUGAGAAGGAGGCUAUUAUGAGUAAAUAUGUCAAUGAUGUUGAGGGAACUGCUCCACAAUCGUUGGGACCAAAGAAGAGUAACACAAUGUUGGAGGGAGAUGAGAAGAAGGCGGACUCAUCUUUGUACAAGUAG